CGUUUCCUGUCAGUGUUUGUAAACUGAGAAAAAAUUGGAAGUGCGACAAGAAAUAAUAAUCUGCUUAACUCUCAAGAUCGGAAGGCUUUGGCCCCUGAUGAUUUGGGUGGGUGUUGGUCUCUUCUGUCACCCCUCAUCCUGAGUGAAGCCCCCUCUGUUUCCCCAAACACACACGCAUUCAAACCACGGCGAUGACACACCAUUCCAACAACUCUGUUCGAGACCAUAUGAAAUGGGCUGGGUUGCUGGGCUGCGAGGCAGUGCUGUCCAGCAUGGCACUGAUGCAAGCCAACAGCAUUCCAGGCCAGAAGAAGAUGAUGUCACCACUGGGCCAGGGGCAGAGGGACAGUCCUGAGAGCCACCAAACCCACUCACAGCACAGCCACAGCCACGGGCACCAGGGUCACCACGGCCAGCCGCAUCACAGCCACAUGGGCCACCCCUCUGCUGGGAGCUGCCCACCCCUGUUGAUCCGCAAGGACGGGGAUUACCACUCAUCAAGAAUGAUGGAUGAAAAGGACAUGCAAGCAAACCAGAAUAUGCAACCCAAGAAAAAGCACAAAAAAUCAGGGGCAUCCAACAAAGUUAAAGAGAAAGUGGAGCCUAUGCUUCCUCCGAUGGAUAUGGGCGAUGACAGUUCCCUGAAAGUCCAGAAGAAUUUCAUCUGUGAUCACUGCUAUGGAGCAUUCCGGAGUAGCUACCACCUGAAGCGACACAUACUUACACACACAGGGGAAAAGCCGUUUGCUUGUGAUGCGUGUGAUAUGCGGUUUAUCCAGCGCUACCACCUUGACAGACACAAGAGGGUGCACAGUGGAGAGAAGCCCUACCAGUGCGAUCGCUGCCAUCAGAACUUCUCACGGACAGACAGGCUGCUGAGGCACCGGCGCUUGUGCACAGUGGGGAUGAGCAAAGAGGAGAAUCAGUCAUGCUGUGACAGUCGAGCGUCCGGGUACUCUCAGGACACCCCCGCCCACACAGCCUCCUGGAGCCCCCUACAACCUUCCAACAACCGCCUGACUGUCUGACCCCCAGCCAUGCAGAGAAAAACCCCACGGACAGCCGCAGUCCACAGCUCAGUAACGCCGCACACUGGAGCUCAACAAUACUGCAGCCUGGCUUGAAGACAACCAAACAUUUGUUUGUUCUUGCCAGCACAUACUCCGAGCUGGAUGGUGGAUUUUUGUACUCAUUCUUUUUUUUUUUUCAUAUUUUUUUAUUGUUACAUUCAUGGUACAGGCAAAAGGGGAAGGACUUAUACAGGGUCUUGGACAAAUGGGUCAUGUUACUAUGGCAAUAAUUGAAUGACAAACGCACACAUCUAGGCUCGUUUGAAGGGUUGCAGGGAAGUAUUUUUAGACUAUGUGAACUGGGACCUAUUGUGCAGUCAGUGUGUAUUCCGGUCAUAAUACACCUCCUUGAAUUUCUUUUACCAUUGAGGGUCUGUGGCACUUAACCAUCAGGCAGUACCUAUCAGACAUUCUGCUGACAUGCAAACAGCCCCGGCAGUGCCUCCCACAUUAUAUGGACAAGAGCUCCUUUAAAGGACAUUGGCUGAACACACAGACUCAUAUGGCCUUUCAGUGUUCAAGUCCUGCUCAUCGUGGUUCCCUUGCGCUAUUAAAGGUGUUCUAGCUAGUGCUAAUUAGUGAAUCAUCUGAACGGAUAGCUUUUGGCCUGUGUUGCCUCAAGGCAGUAAUCAGCACUCCUACCUGGUAGAUGUCUUCUGCUUAAAACACCUGAAACUAACUUUUCCAUAGCCUUUGAUAACAAUGGUGUAAACAUGUCAGGGGGUUAUUACAGAAUAAAAACAGUCCAUCCUAUUUUUAUUUUGUUUUUAAAGAAUUUUCUCAUUAUACGUGCAAACCUCAAACACACCUCAUUGCCUGGGCUUGUUACUGCAAUGAUGGUUUUGCUGGCUAAUGGUGGCACACAAUUGAUGACAAUAUCCUGCAUUUUAAAUUGGUUUAAAUGGAUUUCAUGUCGACAUUUCGCACUGAUGAUGAAUGAUAUCAACAGCAUGUGGGCGCCUAGUUCACAAACCUGUGCUGUAUCAACUUUGCUGAUGAUUAUGGUGACAGGCUGGCAGGCUUUGUUUGAGCAGCACUGAUUGAUUGCUUUUUUGUUGUUGAUGGGAUUU